CAAAAUAGCAGAGGAAAACAGAGGAAAUCAGAGGGUAAGGGUUGGGGUUGUUAUAGUUUUUCUGGGUUUGGGAAUCGUUUAAAGACAGAGAAGAAAGCCUGCUAGAGAAUCCGAGACCCAAACAUGGUAAAGCUUAGGAAGGGAUGAUCUGCAUAGAUUCACCUUUAUUUUUCUUUCUUUUUUUAACCUCCCUAAGUACUGUGCAAACUACUCUGCCACAACCCACACCCCAUCAGAUAAACCGGACCAUUCCAUCCAAAUUUUCCACCUUUCUCUUCUUUCUCUACUCUCUCUAGCUACCUGCAUCUUUAUUACACACCACACUGAAAGAAGAUAAAGUAGUGAGAGAGUUGAAAAAAGGGUGUCAUUUUAUCUAUCUCAGACAAAUGAGCUAAAAGUGUUAGGUAAUUUGUUUAGCUUGAUGUUUGCAUGGAACGUACUAGCCCUGGAUGUUGUAAACCCUAUUAUUGGUUUAUAGCUUCAAACACUACUCUUCAUAGGGUCAGAUUUUAAAGAAAGAGUGUGUGUGUGUUUGUGUGGGGGCGCGUGCUUGUGUCAGUCAUAUAUCUCCCACCAUCCCAGUGGUGCUGCUCUAGGGGUUUUCUGAAGUUUUUUUUUUUUUUUUUGUUUGUUCAUGGAGAGGAAGAGAAAUAACACUAGACUUGUAAACAAAACCCAGCUUUGUAACAGUGUGUGCUUCAUUUUCAUGCUCUCAAUUUGCACACUGAUCUUCACAAGUACUACUGGCUCCGCCAAUACAUGUCUAGAUACUAGGCGUCCCAUGUUUGCCAAAGCUGAUAAAGAUUUUCAGGAAGUUGAGAAGGAAAAUGGACAAGGAAAAAUAGAGGUAUCUAUGGGUUGGCCAAGGAGGCUUCUAGGUGGGCCUGGGUCAUCGCCGCCACGGUGCACCUCCAAAUGCGGCCAGUGUACACCCUGUAAACCAGUCCAUGUGCCGGUGCCGCCAGGGACGCCGGUGACUGCCGAAUACUACCCGGAGGCAUGGAGAUGCAAGUGUGGCAACAAGUUGUACAUGCCAUGAAUAUAUUUUCUCUAUAUAUGAUGUAUUUAAUUUUGUUCAGUCAUAUAGUUCACUUUAAGGACUAUAAAGAUUCCCGUCACUUUGAUCAGUUAUGGAUUAGCUUUUAGCUUGUGGUAGAUGUCGGAUAUGAAAACAGAGUACAAAACUUGAUUUGAUGUGAAAUAUAUAAUAUGAAUAUAUAUAUUUUCACACUGAUAUAUUAAUGUU